ACACAAGAUUGGGUUUGAUGUGCAGUCCUUAGGAACAGGAUGUUAAAAAAAAUGCAAACGACACAAAAACAAGAGACUGCUUUCUGUCGAGAUAUUGAAAUAGCAGCGCAGCCCGACGCUGUUUGCAGAAGCAAUCGCUUGGAGAAAAGCGCUCCUUCUAGACUCGAAGUGCUAAUAUAAAUAUAUUUAUAUGUUUUUGGAAAAGGCUCGAUUCGGAAAGACAAAGAAAUCGAGAGCGUGUUGCGCAGGAAGGUGAUAUUACCAAUAGAUACACAGACAGCCGUGCAUUGCAGAGAGGAUAGGGUGGGGAAGAGAAAGGAAGGCUUCUGACCCAUUUGUUUGUUGCCCGCUGCAGGCGACCCUGACAAGAUUCGGGUCGGUGUGGGAGGGGGAGUUUGAGUGUGGUUUCGCUAUCUCGUUGCUUGAUAAGAAUAUAUAUCGUGUUUUAAAUAAAAACUAAUAAUAGCAAUAUCUCGAUUUUCGCUUCGAUUAGUGUAUGUUCAGAUAAUAAUCUCAGAUACAUCGGAGCAGUACAGCACUGCUCCCAAAUCCUCAAAAUCUCCUCGCUAGCGCCCCCGUCCUGCCCCGUCAGUGAUCGAUAAUAAGACUCCCGUGGCAGUGCAGCUUGAGAGCCCGUCCAGGUGUUGCAUUCGCUGGCUCUCUAGCGCCCUCCUCCUGGCCUCUCUGCGAUGGCGGAUCUGGAGCUGGCGAUGGCGCUGGUGGACGAGGAGGAUCAGAAGCGACACCGGCGCACGAAGAGGCGCCGCCCGCAGCCCUACACCUUCCGCCGGCACCACGAUUACUCGGACCUGCCGGACCGGCUCUUGAUCCAGAGGUUCCGCUUCGACCGGCCCAGCCUCAACUUCCUGUGCGAGCUGCUGAGGGACGACCUGAUGUCGCCGCUGGCACGGAACCACCCUCUCCCCGUGGAGACCAAGCUGUGCGCCGCGCUGGCCUUCUACGCCACGGGCUCCUUCCAGAACGCGUUGGGCGACUCGGUGGCGGGCGCCUGCCAGGCCACCAUGAGCCGCGCCAUCACGCAGGUGUGCGACGCGCUGGUGGGCAAGGCUCACCUCUUCAUCCGCUUCCCCCUCCGGGAGGGCGAGGCCGAGCCGGUCAAGCAGCAGCUCCGGGGCCUCUGCGGGGGCCUCCCCGACGCGCUGGGGGCCCUCGGCUGCACCCACGUGGCGAUCAAGGCCCCCAAGGACAGCGAGCGCGCCUACUUGAACCAGCGCGGGUUCCACUCCAUCAACGUGCAGCUCACCUGCACUCGCACGCACAAGAUCACCAGCGUGGCUGCCAACUUCCCCGGCGCCUGCCGUGAUGCCGACAUCCUGCAGAGGAGCGCCGUGGGGCGGCACGGGGCGCUGGGCAAGAUCGGGGCGGGGUACCUCAUCGGUCACAGUGAGUACCCCCUGCGGUCCUGGCUGCUCACGCCGGUGUCCGGCCCGCGCUCAGAGGCGCAGUGCCGCUAUAAUGAGGCUCUGGGGCGCGUGCGGAGGGGGGUGAGCGAACACACCUUCCAGCUGCUGAAGCGCCGGUUCCGCUGCCUGGACCGAGGGGACGGGGGCCCCCUGCAGUACUCCCCCGAGCGCUGCGCCCGCAUCAUCAUCGCCUGCUGCGUGCUGCACAACAUUGCGCUGGGCUGGGCCGUGCCGCUCGAUCACCCCCAGGAGGAAGGGGAGCCGGGGGGGGCGCAGCAGCAGGGGGAGGAGGAGAAUGGAGAGGAGGAAGAAUCAACCGAGGAAGAAGAGGAGGAAGAGGAGGAGGAGGAAGAGGAGACCGUGCCAGGAGGAGGGCUGAAGGAGGGGAGAGCCAGGAGGCAGGAGCUGAUAGAUCUGUAUUUCAGCUGAGGACGCUGGUCUGGGCUGCAGCUGAACACCACGGGGGGGGGGGGCUCGGCGUUCUCCUAUUCUGGUCUCUUCACUGGAGGUGUCGAUGUGCCACACCUCUCCCACCCUCCCAGAGGCUGUUCCGUAUUGAGACUGGAAUAAUCCGUGUGUACUGUACCACAUUGGGACUUCACCGCAUAAAGACUGUAGCGCAUUGGGACUAUCGCAGGGAUGCAAAUAAGACUUCCGUUGCACAGCAGUCUGAUCCAUUCCUGGUUUUACUACCUGUCUAAUGACACACCUGAGAGAGACGCCGUUACUGGCAGAGAAAACGAGUCUCUCUAACCUCUGCCUUGUAGAGAUUUGUAUUGACCUUGUUUAUAAACAUCUUUCCAGACAGGCGCAGCCAUAACCAGACAUCGUCAUCAUCAUAAUAAUAAUGCAAAUAUAAUACAAGACUGAGUGAAAGCAUUGUAUUGUCCUCAUGCAUACAAAGCUACACAGAUGAAUACCUUGUGUCAUAUUGACCCGAGUCGUUCUGUUUGUAGACGAGAUCAGCUCGAAAAAUAAUAAACGUCUCAAAGCUCUUCUUUUCUGCUGAUGAGUUCGUGACCCCAGCCUAGGAGAAGGCAUUAAAUAUUAUUGGGGGGGGGGGGGUACAUUUAAGAUCCAUGGAAACAUAAUAGGAGGGUAAGACUCAGCUGGGCUUGUUACCUGCACACUGGGGUUAAUUCAGCUCAUAGUAAAACCUGGAGUGGGUGAAACGGCUGUGCACUGGGAGUUCCUGCAGCGUCUUUCCUGUCAGCUCAAGUUCUGACUUUUCUAGUAAGUGUUUAGCCCCUGAUUGUAGGAGAACGUCUUUUUGUUGUUUGAAUGGUAUUUUUAGUAGAAUGUUGCUGGCUUGUUUCUGUACCUGUGUUGCUUCUGUGUAUAUUAAAUACGAUCCUGAGACCAAA